AGGGCCCAAGGGUCUUAAAAACCAAGGACCUUAUAAAUUUUAGCCUGAGGAUAACUGAUCUUGGCCAAAAAGCCAAGAAGCGAUUCUUUAAAUUGUGGAAAGGGGCUCUCCCAGCAAAAAGGCACAAGAGUAUAAGGGAAAGAGUGGGUGAUGCUCACUGUCCGGAAAGGCCACCCAACUUCGGUCAGGAGGGAAGCCCAUUUUCUUCCAGUCACUUAGCCCAGUAGGAGGGAGCCCGGCUUUCCGCGGUGGCCACCUGCGGUCCAGGGCAGGCACAGGAAGUACCCAGCUGGCGGGAGGAUGCAGGGAGGCAGAGUCCUGGGCUCCGCCGGAUGGUGCCGCAGCUUCGCAGCCGCCCAGCGCCUGCCCAGCCUCCGCCCCGCCCCGGACCCCGCCAGGUUUCGAUUCCGUGGGAGCCGCGCGGUUCCGCGCUGCGGGGGUGCGAAUGGAGGGCGCUGGGGCGCGGAGCACGACCCCCGGGGGGAUCGGCUGUGCCGAGCCCGAGGAGGCGCGCGGCUGGCUUUGCUCGGAACAUAGCGACCGCCCUGCGGAGCUCUUCUGUCGCCGCUGCCGCCGAUGCGUGUGCGCGCUGUGCCCCGUGCUGGGCGCGCACCGCGGCCACCCGGUGGGCCUGGCGCUGGAGGAGGCGGCCCACGUGCAGAAACUCAUCCAAGAAUGUUUACAGCAACUGGAGACCAAGAAGCAGCAUCAAGUUGGCAACAUCACCCAGAUAGAAGAUGCAGCCGAGAAGCUCAAGGUUCACGCAGAGUCAAGUAAAACCUGGCUGAUGGACAAAUUCACUGAACUCAGAUUACUACUUGAUGAAGAGGAAAUGCUGGCCAAAAAAUUCAUUGAUAAAAACCUGCAGGGGGCCCUCCAGGUGUACAGGGAGCAAGUGGAGUCUUGCAGGAAGCAGAUUGACGUCAUGGGCAGUCUCUCCAGCAGGGUCUGGGGUAUCAGCCAGGAGCCCAACCCUGUUCAACUGCUGCAGGCCUACACAGCCACUGAGCAGGAGAUGAAGCAGCACAUGAGCCUCGGGGAGCUGAGCCACCCCGUGCCCCUGUCCUUCGAGCCCAUCAAGAGUCUCUUUAAGGGCCUUGCGGAAGCCAUGCAGAGUACGUUUCAGACACCACUAGACGUUCGCCUGAAGGAAAACAUCAACUGCCAGCUCUCAGGCUCCUCCAGCACCACACUUGGGACCCUGCUGAAAACAAGCCCCUCACCAGAGAGAUCGCUCUUCUUAAAAUACGCGCGCACGCCCACGCUGGAUCCGGACACGAUGCACGCGCGCCUGCGCCUCUCCGCCGACGGCCUGACGGUGCGCAGCAGCCUGCUGGGCCGCCUGGGGCCGAUUCCCGCGAGGCGCUUCGACGCGCUGUGGCAGGUGCUGGGUCGCGACUGCUUCGCCGCCGGCCGCCACUACUGGGAAGUGGACCUGCAGGAGGCGGGCUCCGGCUGGUGGGUGGGCGCCGCCUACCCCUCCCUGCGGCGCCGCGGGGCCUCGGCCGCUGCCCGCCUGGGCUGCAACCGCCAGUCCUGGUGCCUCAAGCGCUUCGACUUGGAAUACUGGGCCUUCCACGAUUGCCAGCGCAGUCGCCUGAGGCCCCGCGAUGACCCCGACCGGCUGGGCGUCUUCCUGGACUACGAGGCCGGCGUCCUCGCCUUCUACGACGUGACGGGCGGCAUGAGCCACCUGCACACCUUCCGCGCGGUCUUCCAGGAGCCGCUGUACCCGGCCCUGCGGCUCUGGGAAGGGGCCAUCAGCAUCCCCCGGCUUCCCUAGGGACCCACCGGGCAGUGAGCCCCAGGCGCGCUUGUCCCUGGCGUGACUGGUUUGCUUUCUAAGACCUUCUCCCGGGUCCAGCGCUCCCCCACCAGUGGGUUGUUUUGAACCUCUUCCCGGGCUAGUUUCAAACGUGUCCCCAACACUGCUGCUGCCCUUUCCCCCACCACCAUGGCUUCCGCUACACUACUUUCAGUGCAGGUUUCUGAAGGGGACGUACCCGUACCCACAGGUGAGCUUCAGCAUUCUGGCUUUGUCAGUGCAGUUGUGCUCAGCCAGAGAACCGUCUUCAUACGGCGCCUAGACCCUCCUGGCACAUAGUAAGCACACAGUAAAUACCAGCCUGCGAGUCGCACAGCGGUGGCUCUUCUAUUCCUUAAGUUUCUGUGAUCUGUCUGCUCUCCACCUACUUCAGCUUGUCCACGUCACCUCCCUUCAGAGCAACUGCAAGGGCUUUUUACUUCCUGGUCUGAACCCUCUCUCAUUUUCAUCUUCUAAACCUAAAACUAGAGGGAUCUGUCUAGAACUCCCAAGAACUACAAAAAUGAAAAACAAAACUCACCUUCCCUUAGCAUUCAAGGCUUUUCUAGUCUGCCCUCCUCGGCUUAGCCUCAUGCAGGUCCUGUUGCUUUUUUCAAAGAGGCUCCAGUCGGAACUGUCAGUUCUGCCUCUGCCUCCCUACCCCACCCCCACCCCACCCCACAUGGCGCAGGAAAAGCCUUUCUUCUCUUUGCCUGUCUCAGUCUUCUCAGUCCACAAUAAUCUCUCUUACUGUAAAGUCCACACAUCUGGGACCUGUCUUUCCAGCUUGACUGGAAGCUUUCUAAGGGCAGCUGUGUCCUAAACCCACCCUGACCUGAAAAGUUUACAAAGUUCCUUUCCUCCCAGGCAAUGAAUGAAUGACCAGCAGGCUGCUACCACUCACUCAGAAUGGCCAAGCUGGGAGGACCUCAUAGAUCAACCUGACCUCAUUGUACAUUUGGGGAGACAGGUUCUGAAAGCAAGAGCUGCCUUAAGUUACCCACAGUAACUUAGGUUUGGGCUAGUCUUGGAGCCCAGAUCUAAAACCCCCUCACCAGCAACCAGGCAAAUCUAAAAUGGUCCUUACCUAACCCUUCAGGCCAGGAUUUCAACCUGGGAGAUUUGACUGUUAUCUCAGGGGAAAGAUCAGCAGGUGACUUGCUAAGCAACCACAGGUAUUUUUCCCAAUUGUCUUAGGAGAAAAACUGGGAUUUGGGUAGUUGUAGAUAUGCUCCACAUAGAUUGCUUAACUCAGAUGUGACCAAGGAAACCCCCCAAACCCAGUUUUUUAAAUAAAGUGACCAAGAGAAAAGGCCAAAGGGCCAGGCCCUUAGAGGCCAGCUCCUCCAGCAGAGAAAGGUGGCAUCUUCCCAGGGCCCGUACCUGUUUUGGAGCUCAGCGUUCUGACCUGUCAGUUCCCUUGCUGGUUUUGAAGCUCUGAUGGUGCUAAAGCGUAUUCUCUCGCUUUUCAUUUGGGGAUGCAGUACCUGAUCCCCUUGUGGUUUAAACAGACUGUAUGCAUUCAUUAGUUUGAACCAUAUAAAACAGUCAAGUUCCAAUGAUUUGGGGCUUUAAAAUGGUACUUUAUAUUGCAAUAUAAGUUUACUACAAGGCAGAAGGAAUCAAAGUGCCUUCAGUUCUAACCAAAUAAUUGAAUCUUCCACCUGAAUAGAUGACUAAGCACUGUGUUCUAGAAAUCUUGAGUAAAGAGAAAACUGAAAUAGGGAAUGGCCCAAGGCUGAAUUCUGACAGGCAGACAACAUUCCUGACAGAUGUGUACUUCACAUUUCCACCCAACCCUGAAGACCAACAUGUCUUCCCAGACCCACUGCUGCAGGGGCAAAGCCAUGACAGCCCUCAGAUUUGCCUUGCAACUCGCCUCAUCUGAGCCUUAUAGUGUGGAGGGCAGCAGUUAGUUACCCCAUUUAUACAUGGCAAAAAUAGGAGUUAGUUGCUCAAGGUCACAGAACUAGUGUUGGAGUAUGGGGGUCUGGGCUCCUGUCCAUCAGGAUGUACUGUUCAGGGUGGAUGCAGCUGGUCAUCCAGCUCCUCUGUUGUUGAGCUGAAUGUGAUGCUUUGCUGUCACCUGGUUCUAUGUGGGACCUGAAUCUGCCUUUGGAUUGCAUUCUUUGGGUUGAGAUGAGGCUUUCAACCUAGAGGGGACUUGUUUUGAGAGCUUGGGAUUUAGGUAGCAGAGAUAGAGGUGAACUAUAAACAGGAGAACAGCUAUGAGCCAAGGCCCAUACUAUGAGAAAACUGCAGCAGCAGCCCAUAAUCAACCACGUGAUCUUGGACCAUUUUACUUCCCAUAGCCCUUUCUGUAAAAGGGGAUAAUGACCCGAACUACCAACAAGUCAAGGUUAUGAAAUUGCCUUAAAAAUUGUGCAGUGCUACAUCAUGCUAGGAUUUAUUAGCACUUCCCCUGGGAAUUUAUUGUGCCCCUGCUGCAGUGCUGAGACACGUCAGGCCCAGCCACUAUGUGGCAGCAGCGGGAGCCUCCUGGAUACUCUCAGCACAGGAAUGAAGCUUUCCUUGGGGUCCACAUCCAUAAGGGUGAUCAUGUGCCUUAAUCUCUUCCAGAAUUAAAUUUGUAGAAAUUUCCUUAUUGAUGUAGCAAAUUUUAUUCCCCUGUGGUUCUGAAGAUCCAAUCCAGAUCCUCUCACAAAUGCCAGGCAAGCACUCUACUGCUGAGCUACACCCCAGCCCAGUGGAUAUUUUUAAAUGACAGCAAUUUUCUAAUGUGGUUUUAAUAAUGUAUAUUUUUUUCUUGGCCCUGAGGAUCAAACCCAGGACCUGACACAUGCUAGGCGAGUGUUUAACCACUGAGUUACAGUGGUUUUGUUUAAUAAAAUCUGAAUUUUGUCACUUGCAACUGUGUUCUUCAUUGGGAGCUCAUGUUGCUUCAAUCAAAUAUGUAGCAUCCGGGCCUGGACAGGCCCUGGCUCACUUCCUGUCCCCUUCACAACCUACUUGUGGUCAUCAGCUGGUCCUUGAUUGAAUAUCUCCAGUGGUGGGGAGCCUACCCCUCCUGAAGUUAACUCACUAAGUUCUUGCUUCCAUGGAAACAAACCCCAACUCCCAGCUGUUCCUACCCCAGAUAAUAUUAUGCAGCUUUUGAUGUCUUUGUGACCAUCCUUUAUCCUUUAGCAACAUGGAAGCCAUUUGUGGUCACUUAACAGUUUUGGGAGAUUUCAGGGACCCUCUUUUCCUAUGGUAUCUCUUCGAUCUAUGAUUCCACUUUGUCAGUGACAUCAGCUGGUGGGGGUGCAGCCUAGCAGAGGGCACACAGGUGGCACUGCAGAGCCCAGGCCUGGUAUGCCAAGGCACCCUGUGUCCUGAUGAGAAUGCUGCAUAAGAAGGGGAGUGAGCAUGAGAGCAGGGGCCCAGGUCUGAGUCUGCCAUGACCUGCCCAGCGGGGCAGACCUUUAAGCCUGUCCUUCUUUCCCAUAUGCCACUCCUGCUAAUGCAUUCCUCGGGCACACUAUGGGCAUUUUCCAAAACCUGUGCACAUGGGUCCUCCCUCAGUCACUACACAGCCUGCAAGCCUGAACUACAGCGCCACCUCUUUUGGGAGGCUUCCCAACCAGUGCCCCUCUCCCACCAUGCUCCUGUCUCAGCUCCCAUGACUCUUGUCUACAUCUUAGCAAUUCUUACACAUAGGGCACUGUCUGUUAAGGGGUGGGGAACUCUCAGGACUACAUUGCUGCUUGUGGGUCUGCACAUUCCGCUGGUAGGUGCUCAGGGAUAUCUUCUAGACCUGAGCUUCCCAAUUGGAACUGGCUAGAGGUGUGCCCAGAUGUUAAUCCUUCAGCCCUCGGGUAUCCUGGUAAAGCAUGAAGUACCUUUUAAGCAGCUGUUACUGGUUGCUGGCAACCUCAUACUAACCUGCAUGUAUCCACACAUGCUGUCAUUUUCUCUGCAUGCUAUGAUGGAAGCAUAGUCUCACCAGAGGCCCUUCUCCAUUCUCUCCAACACAUGAUACAGCCAGGGAAUUGAGUCUUUGUGACCUUAGAAGCUCUUCACUUCUCAGUUGCCAUCAAUUCCUCCCCUUUGGAGAAUCUAGUUUGGGGUACCAGAACCACCUGGAUCUUUCUGCCAAUCCAGGCUGUCAGAACCUAGAGGUGACCCACUGCUCCUUGUCAGAAACAGCUUCCCAAAUUCUCAGCUGCAGCCCAGGCCUUUCUCUCCUUUCCUUCCAGAUCCAGGCCCUGGAACACCUCUUUUCUACCAUAUUAUGUCUCUGCUGUGGGGGGAAAAGGCCAUCAAAUCAUAAACUAGUUGUGUGUAUGUAUGUGUGUGUGUGUAUAUAUGUUCAGUACUUGGGACUGAACCCAGGGCACUCUACCACUGAACUGCAUCCCCACACCUUUUUAUUUUGAGACAGGGUCUCACUAAAGUGCCAAGGCUGCUCCUACCUCAACCUCUGCAGUAGCUGCCACUGCACCUAGCAGAAACUGUUUACUCAACCUCUGCAGAAACACUAACCAGAAACUGAUACUGUCACACUCAGUUCUUAGCAAAUCAAUUUGCAGUUUCACUUCAACCCAGGACUGACCUCACCCCACCAUAGACCCAGCCCCCUCCAAACGUUGUUUUGGGACCAACAGGAGGAGGCCCCAGACUCACAAGUAAAGAAACUUCAAAAGGAUAAUUAUAUGUAUUUGAAAGGAGAUUCAAAUACACUUUGAAAUAAGAGUUAUAUAGUAAAUAAGGUCAAAUAAAUAUGAACAAAGAUCACAAAUUUGAAAAGAUAUUUGAAAAGGAUUAAUGUCAGUAUUGGCUCAAAAGAACAAAGAAAAAUAUGACAUUGAAUCGCUGUAAAAGGUUCAUGCUGUGCUACUUCAAGGAAGUAAAACAAUGAGAAUAUAAUACCUGGUUUUAU